CUCCUACAAGAACGGAUGGUUCCGCCCAAGCUUGCGGAAGCGACUUCUGGAUUUUGCACGUGAAGCUGCAGUUAAGAUCCGGGUUAAGCCUCCACCAUGUUUGGCUCUUCCCGAGGCGGCGUGAGAGGAGGGCAGGACCAGUUCAAAUGGGAAGACGUGAAGACAGACAAACAACGUGAAAACUAUCUUGGGAACUCCCUGAUGGCCCCCGUAGGCCGCUGGCAGAAGGGCAAGGACCUCACCUGGUAUGCCAAGGAGAAGAAAGGCGCUGCGUCUCUGUCCCGCCAAGAGGAGCUCAGCGCCAUCCGGCAGGCAGAAGAAGAAGCUAUGAUGGCGGCUCUGAAUGCUGGUGGAAGAAUGGUGUUUUCCAAGGAAGAUAAAGAAGCUGCCAAGCUGGGCCUCUCCGUGUUUACGCAUCAACCAGCGGCCAAGACUGCCAAGCCCUCAACUCCUCCGAGGAAGCUGGAUGAGGAAGGCAAGGAGGCGCUGGAGAGCAAGGCCGCCAAGAAGUCGAAGAAAGAGAAGGUCAAGAAGAAG